AUGGGUAUUAAUAUAUGGAGACACAGCGGAUUUCUUAAAGAAAUGACUGUUAGUGAGGCAAUGUCUAUCUUAGGAGUAUUUUCUAUAAAAUCAUCGGGAAUAGACACUAAUUACAGAAUGCUCGUACGAGCCAAUCACCCAGACUCUGGUGGAAGUGAAUAUUUAUCACAGAAAGUAAAUGAAGCAAGAGAAUUUCUAUUGAAUAACACAUAACCCGAAAUAACCCGAAAAUAAUUCAAUAUAUGUAUUAGCCAGAGCCUAGAAAUGUCUCCAUCAAAUGGGUAAUAAAAUACAGAAAAUAAUGAAUGCAUUUAAAGAGCAUUCUGUACAAGAAUAUUUAAGGAAAUAAUUUGCU